UGCAGCUUCCAUACUCGGAAGUUUUCUCCUCGUGCAUCCUAGCUAUGGUGCCAUUUGCACUACCUUGUCUAGUGUUCUCAAGCCUUUUCACUGCGGUUGUUUUAGGAAAUACAGUCGAAAUCAGAACCGAGGAUUGUUUUGAUCUACCAGAGAACCCCAUCACAGUGCUUGGUGCUGUUGUGACUAGUUCCCGCAGUACUGGCAGGAGUGCAUGCUACUUCUCACCUGCAGCGCCGGAGCAGUAUAUCAACAUCCAGGUCUCCGAGAUGUCUCUCCCAGAAGUUUCUGGAAGCUGUCCGGAAUUUAGUUUAAACGAAUUCUCUUCAAUAAGUGAAGUAUUCAUUGAUGACGAUGAUCCUAAUUUUCGCGCUCCUAUGGUUAUACCCGCGGACCCAAACCUCCUGCUAAAAACCAACUGCAGAGAUUUUGAGAAGACAGGAGGACAGGUGCUUCGGACCUCUUCACCUGGCUUGAAGUUGGAAAUGAUAUUCGACCCAUCAAAUAGCGAUGGUGAAGGCGUUUCCUACAACCUCACGCUGACGAGCUACUUCGUCGGCCCUUCGUUCAGUUGUCCUACUGGAACAUUCCGCUGUUGGGACGAUCGCAGCAAAUGUAUUCCGGAGAGUUUGACUUGUGACGGUGUGAAUAAUUGCGUUGACCACUCGGAUGAAAACAACUACCUGUGUACUGGUCGGAUUAAUGGUAUCCCGAUACCCCUAUUUGCAAUAAUCCUAGUGGUUUCCUUCUUGGGCCUCGUCCUCAUUGUCACCAUGAUCGUCUUUGUGUUACGGAGGCACAAAGCGAAAAGCAAACAAGAAGAACAGACUUGGAUUGACAUGACCAUCCGACCUCCUGCUCCUGGACACCAACCUUUGUUGGGUGAGAAAACCUGGCAAGCGAAUGCUUAACGGACAGUCAACUACGACCUGACACGAAAUUCCUACCCAACGAUUGCAAGCCCACUCACUGCGAAAUUUUAUCCUAAUGUCCAUUUUUUACUGUACUCUGACAAGAUUAUGUACAUAUAUGUGCUGUAACGUUAUUACUUCUAUUAUUGUUAAUUUGUCUUAUCCGUUUAUCUCGUUAUCCUGCUUUUCUUACGCCAGGUUUGAGACUUCGGCUUUUUCCACCGCCCCCGUCCAAAUGAUUUUCA